AUGGAAAGGGUUAAUCAGUUCAUCAAGUUCUAUCUACGCUCCUAUGUUGCUGCUGAUUAUUCUGACUGGUCCAUGUGGUUACCAUUGGCAGAAUACGCAUAUAACAAUGCCAAGCAUGCUGCCACAGGAAAAACACCCUUUGAGCUUGUCUAUGGACAAAAUCCAGUUAUGAAUCUGUCAAAUGUCCCAGCCAAUGUACCAGAAGCAGAUGCCCUAGCAGAUACCCUAGCCCAAGAAUGGAAAGAAGCCAAGGCAGCCCUCAGGAUGAGCAAGGAGAAAAUGAUCCAGAACCAAGGAUCUACUCUGGAGUAUUCAGACAACUCCUGGGAACCAGAAGAACUGUUGGAACACAGCCAAGAUGAGAUAAAGCGCUUCAAUCAGGCUAGACUCAAAAAGGCUUGUGAUGCUGCCAAGAGCCUUUAA